AUGGCAAAUGAAACUGAGAAUAAAGAAAUAAAACCGGCGGACCCACUUGCAGAUGUCGAAGCUACCGGCAACUCUGAGCCAGCAUCGCCGGCCUCGGACUACGACGAUCCCGAAAAAGAAAUCCGAAAGCAGGAAGACUCGGACGAGAGCCAAGUUCGCCGCGAAGAGUUGAAACACACUCAAAGCCAUGCCACCGACACAAGCACAAUCACCCGCACUACCACGAGGACGUCCGUACCAGCUAAGAAGCCAUGGUACAAAAUUUUGAACCCACUACUAUGGGGUUCGAUACCGCCCAUCCCCAAGGAGCGCGAGGUCUCCAAAGAGUAUGGGGCUGGAUUCUUCAGUAAAUUGACUUUCCACUGGAUGGCCCCCUUGAUGAGUGUAGGGUACAAGCGAUCCCUUGAGCAAGAUGAUCUCUGGUCCGUAAACCCUGAUCGGACAGCCGAGAAGAUGACGACUAAGACGAGAGAAUCCUUUGAGAAACGAAAGAAAGCAGGUGAUCAAUACCCCCUACUUUGGGCACUGCACGAAACUUUCUUCUGGGAAUUCUGGGUGGGCGGUUUCUGCCAACUUGCCUCGUCUAUUUUCCAAGUCAUGUCUCCUUUCACUUUGCGGUACCUCAUCAACUUUGCCCAAGAAGCCUGGGAUGCAUCUCAGAAUGGACAGCCUCCACCUAAGAUCGGUUCAGGCAUUGGUUUGGUAGUUGGUGUAACCGUUAUGCAAAUUCUCCAGAGCUUAGGUGUCAACCACUUCAUUUAUCGUGGAAUGAUGAUUGGGGGGCAGGCGCGUGCUGUCCUCAUCAGUCUCAUUUUUGAGAAAUCAAUGGUACUCUCCGGCCGGGCAAGGGCUGGCGGUAGUAAAGACGCAUCCAACGGCACGGCAGAAAACAGCCAAGGAGGAAAAGAUAAAGGAAAAGAGAAUGAAACUAGCGAAACAGAGAAGCCGGAUGGUUCCAAGAAGGACCCUAAAAUGGAUAAAACACUCAUCUCAGGUGAUGGCACUGGCUGGAGCAAUGGAAAAAUCGUGAACUUGAUGAGCGUCGAUACCUACCGUAUAGACCAAGCUUCCGCCCUGUUCCACAUGACUUGGACGGCGCCCAUCUCGUGCAUAAUAACUCUCAUCGUCCUUCUUAUCAAUCUGACUUAUAGUGCUCUAGCCGGCUUCGGGCUUUUAGUCAUCGGCGUCCCGGCCUUGACGAGAGCAAUUCGGGCGCUAUUCAUACGCCGAGCAGCAAUUAACAAGAUAACGGAUCAACGUGUUAGCCUCACACAAGAAAUAUUGCAGUCUGUUCGCUUUGUCAAAUAUUUCGGUUGGGAGGGAGCUUUCCUGGAACGUCUAAGGGAGAUCAGAUCUCGAGAAAUUCACUCUAUCCAAAUUCUUUUGGCAGUUCGAAAUGCUAUCAAUGCUGUCAGCAUGUCGCUCCCCAUAUACGCUUCUAUGUUAUCGUUCAUUACCUACUCAUUGACCGAUCAUGGUCUUCCGGCUGCACAAGUCUUCUCCUCCCUUGCGCUUUUCAAUGGCUUGCGAAUGCCUCUCAACCUGCUCCCUCUGGUUAUUGGCCAAACUGUUGACGCUUGGUCGUCUAUGAAACGUAUACAGGAAUUUCUGCUAUCCGAAGAGCAAGAGGAGGAUGUUGUACUACAACCGGAAGGAAAAAAUGCGGUUGAAAUGCACGAUGCUACUUUCACCUGGGAGCGCACGCCAACCCAAGAAUCCGAGAAGGAAAAGAAGGGUAAAGACGGACAUCCGCAGAAAGGAACAAAACAACCUCACAAAGCAGGCAAUGAAGAAAAUACCGAGGACACAGCAAGCACACUCGUGGAAGAACGUGAGCCUUUUAAACUCCAAGAUCUAAACAUCGAAAUCGGAAGAAAUGAACUGGUUGCUGUCAUUGGUACUGUCGGAUGUGGCAAGAGUUCCUUGCUCGCUGCGCUCGCUGGAGACAUGCGGAAGACAUCGGGUGAGGUCGUAUUAGGUGCCUCUAGAGCUUUCUGCCCUCAAUAUGCCUGGAUUCAGAACGCGAGUGUCCGGAAUAAUAUCCUUUUCGGGAAGGAAAUGGAUCGUGAGUGGUACAAGGAGGUUAUUAGAGCCUGCGCUUUGCAACCUGACCUGGAUAUGCUUCCCAAUGGAGACGCAACUGAAAUAGGCGAGAGAGGAAUUACUAUAUCAGGCGGACAGAAACAACGACUAAAUAUCGCUCGAGCCAUAUAUUUUGACGCUGAUAUCGUCCUCAUGGACGACCCGCUCAGCGCGGUUGAUGCUCAUGUUGGCCGACAUAUCAUGGACAACGCCAUAAUGGGUCUUCUGAAAGACAAGUGCCGAAUUCUUGCAACGCAUCAAUUGUGGGUUCUUAACCGCUGUGACCGGAUCAUCUGGAUGGACGCCGGCAAGAUUCGAGCGGUUGACACUUUCGACAACUUAAUGGCCAACUACUCGGGCUUCAGGCAGCUGAUGGAAACUACCGCAGUGGAACAGAAGCAAGAGGAAGAGCCAGGCCAAGUCGAGGAGAAGACCGCCGAUGGCGAGACGAAGAAGAAAAAGAAGAAGGCUCAGGGUUUGAUGCAAGCGGAGGAACGAGCUGUAUCAAGCGUGCCCUGGUCUGUUUACACGACCUACGUUCGAGCUUCGGGAAGUAUCCUUAACGCUCCGCUCGUAGUCGUGGUGCUGCUGCUUUCUCAAGGUGCCAAUAUUAUGACAAGUUUAUGGUUGUCUUAUUGGACAUCUGAUAAGUUCGGUCUCACCACAGGAAUAUAUAUCGGAGUUUACGCGGGCCUCGGAACGUUGCAGGCUUUGCUGAUGUUCCUCUUUUCAGUUCUGCUAGCCGUAUUCGGCACAAAUGCCAGCAGGACACUCCUGAGACAGGCAGUGACGAGGACUCUUAGAGCACCAAUGUCCUUCUUCGACACAACACCACUAGGUCGUAUCACAAAUCGGUUUUCGAGGGAUGUCGACGUUAUGGAUAACAAUUUGUCCGAUGCUAUGAGGAUGUAUUUCCUCACGCUAGCGAUGAUUAUAUCUGUGUUCGCUCUGAUUAUCGCUUUCUUCCACUACUUCGCGAUUGCACUAGUUCCACUGGCUAUUCUCUUCGUGCUUGCAGCAUCAUAUUAUCGGGCCUCUGCUCGAGAAGUUAAGCGUUUCGAGUCAGUUCUCCGAUCUGUGGUGUUCGCCAAAUUCGGCGAAGGCCUUAGCGGAGUGGCAUCUAUUCGCGCGUAUGGGCUCAGGGAUCGUUUCAUCAACGACCUUCGGGAUUCCAUUGAUGAAAUGAAUGCGGCAUACUACCUAACAUUCUCUAAUCAACGGUGGCUGUCGAUACGUCUGGACACUAUCGGGAACUUGCUCGUGUUUACCACAGGCAUCCUUGUCGUGACGUCCCGAUUUAGUGUUUCACCAUCGAUCGGUGGUCUCGUGCUUUCGUACAUCUUGUCUAUCGUGCAGAUGCUGCAGUUUACGGUGCGGCAGCUAGCCGAGGUGGAGAACGGCAUGAAUGCCGUGGAACGACUCGAGUACUACGGAACGCAACUCGAGGAGGAGGCACCUGAACACACGAUUGACGUUCGUCCCACGUGGCCGGAAAAAGGAGAAAUCAUCUUCGACAACGUCGAGAUGCGCUAUCGCGCGAAUUUACCCUUGGUGCUCAAAGGCCUUAGCAUUAAUGUCCGUGGAGGUGAGCGCAUAGGUAUCGUAGGCCGCACAGGGGCGGGCAAGAGUUCCAUCAUGUCGACCCUAUUCCGACUAGUCGAGAUCUCAGGGGGCCAUAUCUACAUCGAUGGACUCGACAUUUCCACGGUUGGCCUGCAUGAUCUCCGUUCCCGCCUUGCCAUCAUCCCACAAGACCCUACGCUCUUCCGCGGAACUGUCCGCAGUAAUUUGGACCCCUUUAACGAGCACUCCGAUCUGGAUCUGUGGUCAGCGCUGCGGAAGGCUGAUCUGGUGCCAGCUGACGCGAAUAUCGACGACAAGGACCCAACACGGGUCCAUCUCGACAGUGUCGUGGAAGAGGACGGGCUGAACUUCUCGCUUGGCCAACGACAGCUAAUGGCGCUGGCGCGAGCCCUAGUCCGCGGAUCGCAGAUCAUCGUGUGUGAUGAAGCUACUUCGUCCGUGGACAUGGAAACAGAUGACAAGAUCCAAAAGACGAUGGCUGUCGGAUUCCGUGGGAAGACACUGCUGUGCAUCGCUCACCGUUUGCGGACUAUCGUAGGAUACGACCGCAUCUGCGUCAUGGAUGCCGGGCGUAUUGCAGAGUUGGAUACUCCAAUAAACUUAUGGGCCCAAGGUGGCAUUUUCAGGAGUAUGUGUGAUAGGAGCGGUAUUAGGGUCGAGGAUAUACAUAGUGCAAGGGAGGGACUGAAUGAAGAUGAUGAUGAGGCAAGGAGAGAGGGAGAGGGGUCAAAGAGCGAGAAGGAUGACGAAUUGUGA